AUGGAGAUAGCGCUGGACAUUCGAGAUAGCAUCGUCAUACCAUCAUUUUCCGUGUUACUGUCUCCACGGAAAAUUAUUCUGGUGAUCACUCUGAUUCCAGAAGAAAUGCUUCUGAUGAUCUCACAGGCCAUUCCAAUCCUCUUCCUACUAGCUCUUACCGCUAAAAGUAGCAGUGGCAUACAAGCAACAAUAGCUCUGCCACUGUUUUCCCCGCUGCAAAGAUUUUCCAAAAGUAUUUUCCGCGUGGGAACUGUCAAGUGA